UAUUUGAUGUCGCUCGGCUAAGCGUGAACCUUGGGAAGCCAUGGCCAAGUCAUGCCUUCUCUUUGUCUUCGCGCGAGUCGUUGAAGCUUUGGACGUGGACCUGUCACCGCGGCAGCUCCAAGGCCUACCGUCCGGCUGCACUGCGGCCUGCCCCGAGAUGAUCGAGGCCUAUGCGGCGGCCAUCCGCGCACAGGCGUUAGAGGAUCCCACAGAGGCCAUGAAGGCGGUGCAUCAGCAGAUGUGCCUUCACCAGGAGGCCUACCGAUGCCUAGCGCAGCAGCCCUCGUGUUCAGAAUUGGAGGGACAUCACCACUGGGCUCAGCAAGUGGAAUGCAGUUGCUCGAUGACUUCCAGGAGACAAGCAGCCAUGCUUGUCCGUCCUUCAACCCUGGUUACCCCAUCCUAGCCAACCUGGCCCUCUCCAUGCGCGAACAGUUCCAGCGCGACAACGCCACGCAAGAAAUCCUCUGUCCUAUGGUCGGGCCCGCCAAGUGUGCCGUCGCCAAAGAUGCAUGCCAAAUCUUUGAUGGAGUGACCAUGGAUGCAGUGCGGGGAAUGGAAAGUCAAUGCUUGCAAAGUGGUUAUUUGAUUGAGGAGGAUGAGGAUGUUUCGACGACUGAGCUUGAGACAAGUGCCAGUGGACGCGAGAUUUUAAGCCUUUUUAUGGUACAGCUAUUACAGCUAACCUUUGUGCUGAGAAACGUUCUAAUUAGUACAAGUGCCGUCUCGUGAGUUUUAAUGUCUGUGCAUCCCCCGGCAGACUGGAACCAUCCCAAAGGGAGGCCCUCGUUUGCCGAUGAUGAAAUGUCAUCCAAACAGAUGGGGCUACACUAAGCCCCUGACAUCCCCUGACUUGUGAAGUUAAACCUGGUUUCCACCACAGUGUUGUCCUUGUUUUCCAGGAUGUAAUCCGAAUACUUGACCGGCCAAUUUGGGGAGUGUGGAGUCAUAGGCUGACGGUAUGAUGUGCUUUCCGAGCUUUUGAUUGAAGUUGCUGGAUUCUCCACCUUAUUGUGAGCCCAAGCCCAUGAAGCAAUGUGCGUACACUGAGGCAAUCAAACAUGGCAAUGAAAGCAUUCCAUUGUUGCUAAAUCUUCCAUAAAUGGUGGGUUUCCCACUCCCAUAUCUGAUUGCGACAGGUGAUAUAUGUCACAGUUGUGUGGCAUGCACGACUGUAUAAAGGAUGAUAUGCUCUACAAGUAGCUUGCACCCAUAUAUUCUGUAGCUGCCAUAGACAUUAUGUGGGCAGGUAGG